AUGCAUCGAGCGGACGCGGUUAUGGACGGCAUCGCUGGCCCCAUGAAAUGGGGCGCUGCGGGCGCGGUGGUCGGCGCAACUGCCGGGGGCGUGGUUGGGCCUCUGGGCGCCGUCGCAGGCGCUGUGGCGGGAGCGCAAGCCGCCGCCACCAUGGCCGCCGUGUUGGACCCACCAUCAACCGGCCGGAUCCACGCAGCCGCCGACUACCGGACCGUGGAGGCACCCGUCAUAGGGCCCCGGCCCGGAACCUUCGAGACCCUCGAACCCCAAUACGAUGAUUCGCCACCCACCCACCCACCCACCCAGCCACCCACCCACCCAGCCACCCACCCGCCGGGCAGCCAGUCGUCCCCGAGCGCAGGGCAGCAGCAGGCGGCCGCGACGCCUGCUGCCGCACAGAAUGCACAGCCUGCUGGAUCGCAAGCAGCAGUUAAUCAAAGCUUGAAGUCGUUAAGCGCAAAUGAGGCGAACGCUGUGCAGGCAACGUUGCUUAAGGUCAGCACUCUUAUACAGAAGUUUGCUGAGGGCCGUAGCGAGCGCACAACGCCAGUGCAGGCUGUCAGACGCGCUCUGAACUUGGUCACUGCGGAUUGCCGGGCCAAAUAUGCCAGCGUCAGUGUCCUUUCGGAGACGCAAGAGCAUGCGCUGCUCGUGACAGCAGUCGGAGUGCCCGAUACGGUGCACGAGGGCAAUCGGCUUUUAAAAGUACCAGGCUCAAAUUCUUCAGCAGAGCGUAUCCUCCAGAAGGCGACGGAUUUCUUCUACUGGCAGCCAUCAGCGAGCGAGGCGCCCGCUCCAUCAGACUGGGCUACUCUGGCCAGCGCCGCAGGGUUGACGUACAUAGCCGCGGUUCCGAUUAAAGUAUCCGACAAGGUCAUCGGCACGCUCACCGUUGGGUUCGGUGAUGCAGCCGCCGACGAGGCCGAUUACAUCAUGUUUCCCACGUACCUCCAGUUGGUUGCCGCCAGCCUGAGCAGCAUGGUGAAGGACAACUCCAUUCCCAAGUACAUGACCCUGGUUAAGGACCUCCACGAGACGGGGGAUCUGGACAGCCUGAUGCACAAGGUGGUACAGCAUCUGCGGACGGUGCUGGGCCACAGCAACAACCACCACAUCUGGUACCGAAUCGGGCUCACGGCGCCCAACAAUACCGCCUCAACCAUAUUUGACGACCUGACGCAGCGCACUCUGUCCAACCCCACGGGGUCCUCCUCCUUCAAGCUGCUCAAGGAGGUUCAGGCGGCGGGGGGGGUGAUGAGGACGGUGGUGGCCAUGAAAAACACAGUAAUGAAGAUUGCCGUACACAAUAGACAACAGGUUAUGAUUCCUGACGUUCAAAAGGUCAUCAACCAGUCGGGCAACGUGUCAGCCGACAUCUUCAACACGCGCCUCAUCAAGCCGCCUACCAGUGUGCUUGUGUUCCCGCUCAAGACCAUGCAGACAGCCAGUUUGACUCAGACCGCCGGCGGCUCCAUGAUGAGCGAGGGCGGCUCCAUGAGCGGCAUCCUGACGGGGGCGGGCGGAUCCAUCGGCCGCUCGGACAGCCUGGGUGUGAGCCUGUCGGGGGACAGCUUCAUGUACACGCAGUCCAGGUCGUCCACGGGCGCCCUGGUCACCGGGCUCACGGAGAAGCUCAACCAGAAGAGAAUCCGCUCGUCCAUGGACUUCCAUAAUAACACUACCAUGACGGACCUGCAGAUCACGGGGCUGCUGGGUGAGGGCGGGUUUGCGAAGGUGUUUCGGGGCCUGUGGCGGGGGCUGGUGGUGGGCGUCAAGGUGGUGUGUGACGACGGCAAAAACGAGAAGAUGGUGAUGAAGAAUGCGCACGAGAUUGCCAUUCUGUCGGCGCUGUCGCAUCCCAACAUUGUGCAGCUCAACGCAGCCCACGGCCCCUACGUUGACCUUUUGGACGCCUACAACUGCCUCACGGACGUGCUGGUUCGCGACCUCCUGAACACCACCGUACACCGGUACAACAUCCCCUCGGUGCUCAACUCCCCCGCCUACAAGUACCUGCUGACCAUGGAGGAUAAGACGUGUCACCUAGAGGUAAUCGAGUACUGCGACCUGGGUAAUUUAUCCAACGCGCUGAAGAACAACAUUUUCAUGAUCCCCAACCCGGUCAUUGCGGCGGCGGCGGGGGCGGGAGAUGGCGCCGCGGCGGCGGAGCUGGCGGAGAGGGCUCGACAGCAGCCCAUGAAGGCAAGUGCAGGCCCACCAAGAGGGGGUGGUUGGGUGAACAUGCGCACAUUGCUGCUGACGCUGAUCGAGAUCGCCUCCGCGUGCGGCUACCUCCACCGCAUGGGGGUGGUCCACUGCGACAUCAAGCCCGCCAAUGUGCUGCUCAAGAGCUCCAACAUCGACUUCCGGGGCUUCACUGCCAAGGUCUCCGACUUUGGACUGAGCAGGGUCGAGGACGACGACACGUGCGCUUCCUUCCCCUUCAACAGCUGCGGUACGGCAGCUUACGUGGCCCCCGAGGCCCUCAUCUGCAAUAAGAAGGUCAACAGCUCCGUGGAUGUGUACGCGUUCGGUAUUCUCAUGUGGGAGAUGUACACGGGGCAACGACCGUACGGCAACAUGAAGCAACAGCAGCUGGUGGAGGAGGUGGUGAUGCGGGGUCUGCGGCCCAAGUUCCCCGGUACGGCACCCGCGGGCUACGUGGUACUGGCGCAGUCCGCGUGGAGCGGCUCCCCGCAGGCGCGACCCUCCUUUGACGAGAUCCUCACCCACCUCAACGCCAUGCUGCAGCAGGUGGAUGACCGGGAAAUGGAUUCCAUGGCGGGUGGAUCCUUUGGAUCCAUGGAGAAAUUCGAAUACAUGCAGCAACAGAUGCAACAACAGCAGCAGAUGCAGCAGCAGCAGCAGGGCGGUAUGCUGACGCCAGGAAGUGUUGGCGGCGGCGGCGCCAUGGACCGCCGACCCUCCCAGGUCAGCCGCCGCGGCGUCCCGGGGGGCCCUAUGGGAGCCGUACCGCAGGUCCCCUCUCCCAUGGGACAUGGGGCCAGUCCCCGUACGACCGGGGGCGGUAUGCAAGGGGGUGCCGUACCGUCGGUGUCGGCCGUAUCAUCGACGUCAGCGGGCGCUGCAACGCUGCAGGCUGCAGCGCAGGGCGGGGUGAGCUGGUUGCCAAAUGGGGGGUGGGAGUGUGUUUGCAGGAGACGCUACAAGGAGGGGGUGUUCCUAAAACGCUGCCGGCUAUCGGGUUAUCGGUGCGGUGGUGGUGGUGAUGGUGACGAGCUGCUCAGCCCAGUUCCGGCCUGUGUGAGCAUGGCGCCGCUGGCACCGAUCCUUUAUUGGGAAUGCCAUCCUUUGCUGCGCUACGCGGACCGGCUGUCCUGGAGGCACAGCCCCCUUCCCUAA